AAUAAUGCAGUAACGAGAUUGCAGUCAGCCAUGAAUGUACAUAUAAAGACCAGCUGUCAGUAGGGACUGCUGCUAACGGCUGAAGGCUUUUUCUCGCGGGAGUAAAAACUACGGGUAGUUUCUCCCGGAGUACUUUAUGAUAGAAACUUCGUAAGAUCAACGUAAUCACCGCGAUGUUGACAUUGCCAUUUUCCAGAAACUUUUAUUACAAAAUAGUUUUGCGCUCGGAUUAAGCCCGAUUAGGGAGUGUGAAUACAGAAAAUGUUUACUAGGGAUUUGUGGGGAUAUGGAGCUGUGGAUGUCGUGGAUAGGCAAUCGAAUAUUGUUCGACGUGGAAUGAUUAUCGAUACCGACAACAAACUUCAGUACACCAUUGAUUUCGACUACAGAGGACAUCACGCGGAAAACAUUUCCACAAGCCAAUAUAGUAUUGUUCCCGGGCAUGCGGAUUCCCGGGCAUGGGGAUCCGGGCCACCAACAUACUACAUCCCCUACUGCAGCAACGAUGCGAGAUGCCUGUUAUAUCAAAUCAGCGCGGAUCACCCGUGGCGAUGGUAUCCUUAUAAAAUUCUUCUGAAGUCAGAUAGUUUUGCUGUCGUGCAGAUUGACCUUGGUCAGCGAACCGUACGAGAGAUACUGCCUUCAGAGUGUGUUUUGUACUACUGCUUCGGGUCGCCUAGUACCUAUGCACUGAAACACCAGUACGUCAAGCACAGUGUCAGACUACCGGACAGUAAAGAACUACAUGAUGUCACGAAACAGAAUACCUUCAAAACCAGAUGGUGUCGACAGACCGGCACGAUUUUCUUAAAAGUCGACAGGAUGAGACUUCUCUAUCUUUCCCCUGUGGAUCACUGGAUAAGCCCCUCUGAAUGUAAACGCCAGCUUUCGAUUCUACGGGAAUACUUGUGCUUGUCCAGCCUACCGUGGGACGCCGAAAUAUCUGUGAGCAGUCUAUCUCUGGACACCUUAACUGACAUCCUUUUGUCGCUGGAUGUGUACGCACAGGUCAACUGUCGUCGUGUCUGUUAUAACUGGAAUGCAAUCGUUCAGUCCCGGGGGGCGGAACACGUGGAAAUCGACUUGGUGAACAGCCGGACAAGCACAUUGGCCUGGCUACUACAUAAAAAAGUCACUCCUCAGACCAAACUACUGAAAUUAACCACAAAACGGUUACGCGACUGCCACCAAGAAUCGGACAAGAAUUUUGGCUUGAGACCGUUUACUGCAGCUGCCAUAGUCAAAGCCAACAACAUCGUGGUGCCGGUUCUCGUCGUUUCCCAUGUCGAAGCCUAUAUGCAUGAUCUGGUAGAUUAUUCUCACGAAGGACUGAAGCUCGCGUCGUGUUUCGCGGAUACCUGUGCUAAACUGAUUCUGCAGAAAGUAGAAGUACUCUGUUGCUUCCUUCCAUAUUACCUGUAUCGAUCGAUGCCGACUCUUGGCUUGAUCAGUGGCUCCUUGAAUACAAAAGAGGCGUCUGCUGUUCGCGUGAUGCUAAACUUGCUCGAGGCGGCGUGUACAGAAGUGCCCAUAGACUUUCUGGAUUUCUUGCAGGAGCGGCUAAUCCAUUUGCAUCUCCAAAGCAAACUCCUCAGGGUAAUGCGGAACUGGCAGUUGGGUGAUGGACGAUUUGCCUCCGCAGAUGCACUCCUUCAGUUGCAGAAUGACAGCCUUUUCGUGAAGACUCCUCUCAGGUCGCUGCGACGAAUGACUGUGUUUGCGCUGUGUUAUGGUCUUGACGGUAGCUGCAACGAACAUCACGAAGAUUACUACCGUGACCGCCAUUACGACGAUUUUUUUUUUGUUGCAACGAUUGUGUCGGCAAUUAUUCCUCUGACUCUGACCCUGAUGACCAACAUGCGGAUUUUAGUGAUAAAACGAGAGGGCGUCGAAGGAGAACAAUAAAGACGAGAAAAACUACGCAACCGGAACGACGCAGAAAGAGACAGAACCAUAAAAAUUACUCUAAAUGCACGAACGCUUUCUAUACUGAUGGUGAUUGUACCGCUGAUCUUUUCGAUUUCAAUAUGCUUUUAUGGGCGCCGAACCGGAAGCAAGCUGGCGCUGGUAUGCGGAUGUCGUGAUUUCGGACAACUGGUUGUAUGAUGUACCGUUUAUUUGACCAUGAGUAGGGAAAGAAAGUCCACGUAUCAGAUUGCAUGCCGCUAUGCAAGUGCUGCUGUGUAAUUGGAGCGGCUAUUAAUAAGCUGGUCGGCGACGUUGUGUGCUCCUUGAUAAAGAAUGGGAGAGAAUAUUUCCGAAAAAGGUUAGAAAUUCGCUAUGGCCGGGGUUCAUCAUGAAAAAUUUAUUAAAAAUACAAACUUAAAAUUGGGUGCCUAUAAAAGCCAACUGCAGGGUGCGUUUGUUAAAUUAAUAGUAAAAAGGUGUCUUUAAAAAAAGGGGUGUAAAAUGGCGGCUAUAGCGAAUUUCUAAUAUUUUUCGGACACAUCCAGGUUGUUGCCGUUGGCGUUACCUGUUACAUCAUUCUACACUCUGUGCCUGCUGAGGGCAUAGAA